ACUUCUAUUCUAAUCCUACUUCCAGUCUGCCAUGCUGAGAUGAACGCCAUACUGAACAGGUUCUCUGCUGACUUGAAAGGCUGCAAGAUUUACGUGACCCUGUUCCCCUGCAACUACUGCACCCAGAUGAUCAUCCAGUCUGGAAUCCAAGAAGUCGUCUUUUUGUCAGAUGAGAAAAAAAGCACGGACGAAGUGAAAGCUUCAAAGAAACUGCUCGACAUGGCUGACAUACACUACAGACCAUAUCAUGGAAGUCAAGAUUCAAUUUCCGCCAGAUCCGGAAGUCGAUCAGGUGGCCUCCAGGACUCGAAAAAGCGUUGAAUAGGAUCAGGGUGUAUUUUCUUGUAAUAGUCACAUGAUAACGUCAAACGGGAGAAUAUUACACAUAACGACUGAUUUCCACAAAACACGUCGUAGUUAAGAAUAUAAUUUGCUGUUCAUGAGUAAGGAUAAAUAUAAAUUAUGAAUUUUACUU